CUUUGAGCUGCUUCACGGCGUCCAGCAUGCAUUGGACCAGAGUCGUGCUGCAGGGUUGUGGACGCUGGCGGCCCAGGCUGGCUGGAGAUGCUGCUCAACUUUAGGUCAAACGCCCACAAAAGCGCUACGUAGCUCUAGCCUCUGAACGUUCGCCACAGAGUGAUAGUUGCAGGAACCCAUCAAAUCGGUCUAUCAUGAUGAAGGGUCCCAGAGUCCAUCUCUCUCGUGACUGCGCUCUGGCCACACAGAGAAGGAUAUCUACUUAAGCAGCUCGCAUACUCCACUCUACUGUUCGUCGCCAGUCACACUCGGAGAACGAGGUAUCCUCACUGCACCACUGACGGUGUCUUGCACGAUCCUGCUCUCAAGUCCAAACUUCAAGAUGCGCUUCGCCUUCGCCCUCGCCGUGCUUGCCACGACCCUCGCCACCACGUCCGCAACCAACCUCCUCGAGCGCCAAAGCCUCCCCACCUGCGCAGAGACUUGCAUCGGAAGCGCAAACACCAGCGGUUGCAGCUCCAGCGAUGAGAAAUGUCUUUGCUCCAGCUCCGCCUUCGUCGACAGCGUCGAGUCCUGCGUCCAGAGUAGCUGCUCUGCUGGCGACCUGUCCAGCGCGCUACAAGCCGCUGAGGCUCUGUGCGCGCAAGCCGGCGUGUCGUUGAGUCUGACCGGCUCCCUUGCUGCCUCUGCCACGGGCAGUGCAUCUGCUUCUGGCAGUGCGUCAGGCUCCGCCAGCACUCGUGCAACGUCUACUACUGCUAGCGGCACGCACUCUGCCUCGUCCUCCGCUCCCGCAGCUACCACGUCUGCCAGCGGUGCGACCUCGCACUCUGCCAACGCCUUCGCAGGCCUGGCUGCGAUUGGCGCCGUCGCGUUUGUUCUUUGAUCACACUUCGUCCACGUUCAGUGAUCAUGAUGGUCUCGAUGAUCAGCCUGGGUUCGAGAGCGCAGAAAUGCCAAAAGAGGAGGAUCUGACAACUCUGGGAGCUACAUACGUUUGUGGCGGAAGCUCGACUAACAUAUACCGCCUGGGUGCCUGCCGCCGGUGUAGCGUCAAAACGUUGAUAGCCAAAGGGUUUCCCUAAAGUAUUUGAAUCCUUGGAUGCGACUCCAGACUAGAGCUAUCUAUUCCUGUGUGCAUGUAUACCAGGGUGCUGUGCACGCAACUCGGAUGCCAAGCGAGCCGAAGUAGCAUUAUUUUGGUGAUCACCCCUUGUAUGUGAAGAUAUCAAUCCUGCGAGAUGGAGUCUGAGCAACU